UCUCUCUAACUCCAGACCUGCAGUAAAAAGUAGAACACAGACUUUCUCUCUCUAUCACUCUCUCUCACACACACAAACACACACACAACUAGUUUGCGUGUAUUUGCUAUUACGAACAAAAAUACGACACACUUUUUACGAACUUUUGUCGAUUACUGCUGAUUCGAGCUAAUAAUCCACAAAACAAUACGACAGCUACUGUGUGUCAUUUCCAAUCCGAAAAUGUGGCUGUUUCGUCGGUGUUUGCAUUUGCCUCAUCAUUGUGCAACUUGAAUGUACUUUGGAUCUGAAAACCCUAGCUCUUUUGCUCAUCUCUUCUGAUUCUAUUUGUCUGUGUUGUUGAAGCAGAAUCAUGUUCGGCUUCUCUCGUAGGCGAAUGAAGCUUGGGAGACUGAAAGUUCAGAUGUCUGAUUCUGUUCAUGGAAUGAAGAGUCCAGUCAGGCAGCCUAAACGCAAUAAGAAUCAGAAUACUGAAGCUACUGCUCCACCUCCAAUCAGUAAACCUGAUGAACCCAUUUCUCAAUCAUCAACUGCACCAACUGAGCUUAGUAAUGGAGCUCUUUCUAGUUCAGAUAAUUGGAUGGUGUUAUCUACUUCAGGGGAUAAACCCACACCUCGCUUCAAUCAUGCAGCAGCUAUAUCUGGAAACAAGAUGGUGGUUGUUGGCGGUGAAACUGCUAGCGGAUUGUUGGACGAUGUGCAGGUGCUGAAUUUUGAUAACUUUACUUGGAAUGCAGCUUCAUCAAAGCUUUAUCUAUCACCAACAAAUCUACCUCUAAAAAUUCCUGGAUGCAAGGGUCAUUGUCUGGUGUCAUGGGGGAAGAAGGUAUUGCUGAUUGGAGGAAGGACCGACACACCAAGUGAUAGAAUAUCAGUGUGGGCAUUUGACACUGAUACUGAAUGCUGGUCACUUAUGGAAGCUAAAGGAGAUAUUCCGAUAUCUCGUAGUGGUCAUACAGUUGCUCGAGCAAGCUCCAUUUUGAUACUCUUCGGAGGUGAGGAUGCUAAGAAAAGGAAACUGAAUGAUCUACAUAUGUUUGACCUGAAGUCAUUGACCUGGCUUCCUCUUCACUGCACAGGAGCAGGACCAUCUCCAAGGUGCAAUCAUGUUGCAACACUUUAUGAUGAUAAAAUGCUUCUAAUAUUUGGUGGGGCAUCAAAGUCACGAACUUUGAACGACUUGUACUCCCUUGACUUUGAGGCAAUGAUAUGGUCAAGAAUCAAAACACAUGGUUUCCACCCACCACCUAGAGCUGGUUGCUGUGGUGUCCUUUGUGGAACUAAAUGGUACAUUACUGGAGGUGGAAGCAAGAAAAAACGCCAUUCAGAAACUUUGAUAUUUGAUAUUCUGAAGAAUGAAUGGUCAGUUGCUGCAGUCCCGGCUCCAUCUUCUAUAACUACCAACAAGGGAUUCAGCCUUGUAUUGGUACCAAACAAGGAAAGAGAUUUUCUUGUUGCGUUUGGAGGAUUCAAGAAGGAAGCAUCAAAUCAGGUUGAAGUGUUGAUCAUGGAAAAACAUUCAUCUUCCUCAAGGCGGUCAACUCUCUCAAAAGUUCAAGUACCUUUGGUUUCUUCAAAUCAUUCCUCAUCCGCAGCAGGCAUGUUAUAUACACAUCUAACCGAUAUUUCUGUCCCCGGCCCAGCUGAAAACGUUACAAGGCAGAAUCUGGCAUCUGUCAUUGAGCAACAUGGUUCUGGCAGAAGAUCAUUGUCAGAGUCCUUAUUUGCUGAUUCAGCUAAUGUAUCUCUCCGCAAGCAAUUUCACUGCGAAGAAGAGACCAUUAUCAAGACAGCAAAAAGUUCAGAAGCUGAACAUUUUUCACAGGUGCGAGAGCAAAGAACAAGACAACUUGACAUUGGGACACAGACUAGCAAUACUAAUGCAGGUAAAAGCAGUUCAGAGGAGACAUCUCCUCCAGUCGAGCCCAAAAAUCAAGGAAAUGGAUUCAUUAUGUCUAACGAAGAUGACGUUGUGGUUUUACUAGAACCAGAGGGCAGAUCAUCAGGAUCAGGAUCAGCCACAGUCCCAACAAAUUUCUACGAACUAUACGAAACUAAAAUGGCUGCACUGAUAAGAAAGAAUGGGAUAUUGGAAGGGCAGCUUGCAGCUGAAAUAGCUAGUAGAGAAGGUGCAGAAAAGAAUGUAUCUUCUGUUCUGAAGAACAAGCAAGAAACAGAAAAAAAAUUGAUGGAUGCAUUGAAAGAAGUGGAAUUAUUAAGAGAGAAACUAACAGGAGUUGAGUUGGCUCAUGAAGAGGCCAAUAACUUGGCCAAUAUUGUUCAUUCCGAUAAUGUAAGGCUGGAACAUGACGUCGCCUUUCUCAAAGCUGUUUUGGAUGACACACAGAAGGAGCUACAUUCAACUAGAGGAAUUCUCGCAGGAGAAAGAGGGCGAGCAUUCCAGUUAAAUGUUGAAGUAUUUCAUCUAAAGCAGAGACUGCAGUCUAUGGAAAAUCGGGUGCCAACCCCGCGAAAGCCUUUUCCUGUGUGAAGGUAUAAAACCCAAUGUUUGGUCGUGUGUAAAUUAAUUAAAGAGUGACUAAAAUCAUUUUGAUAAAUAUUUGUGCUCCCACUCUCUCUUGUAAGCUAAGCUAUUUACUGGAAAAAGCCAUCCAUUUAUGUAAAAGAUUACCUUUAAAAAAUAGUCUUAAUCUUUAAGGAAAAUCUAACCAAAGAUUUUUCCUUUUAAAUGUUAAAAGUUUAUAUUAUUAUUA